AUGGCGGACACCGAAAUGCAAGAGCAAGACGUGCCUUCUUCUGGUGCUGAUACUGCUCCGGUGGUAACCGAAAGUGUCGAUCACCAGCCGGAGCCGGAGCCGGCAGAGCCAGUGAAGGACCAAAUCCCAAGUGAAAAACCUCAGUCACCUGUUGCUCCCGAGGACAAGACUCUUACUUUGGAGAGUGAUGUUCAUUUAUCUGAUGCUCCAAUAGCUAAUGAAGAGGAAUGUGUUCAGAACAGUGUUGGUGAUGUUGAUCAGUCUGAAAAGAAGAUUACGAGUGAUGGCGGUCAAGAGGAGAUAACACUGGAGGAAUCAGCUCCUCUGAAGGUAGGUGAACCAUCGACGCCUUCUGUUGCAGAUGAAAGUGUCAAGAAGUGGAAGACAUGGCUGCUAAGUGAUUCCGAGGCCAGGGAAGUUGAUGAAGCAGGGACGCCAGAGGAUCAAGAAGGGUUUAUUAGAGAAGUGGAGUCUUUCCACAAGGAGAAUCUCCUUGAAUUCAAAGCUCCUAAGUUUUAUGGACAGCCCUUAAAUUGUCUCAAGUUAUGGCGAGCCGUCAUCAAGUUAGGUGGCUAUGACGUCGUCACCACAUCUAAGCUAUGGCGGCAAGUUGGAGAAUCCUUUCAUCCUCCUAAGACAUGCACUACAGUCUCCUGGACUUUCCGCAUUUUCUAUGAGAAGGCACUUUUAGAGUAUGAAAAGCAUUUGAGACAAAAUGGUGAGCUCAACCUUCCUGGUGCUUUGGUUCCGUCUUCCGGCCUUGAAAAAGAGGCAAGUAGCCAUCAAGGUUCAGUAGGGUCAGGCAGAGCAAGAAGAGAUGCUGCAGCUCGUGCAAUGCAAGGUUGGCAUGCUCAGCGCCUUGAGGUGACUGAGCCUAAUGUUAAGGAUAAAGGCUUAAACUCAACCCCAAAGCAAAAGAACCUCAAAAGCGUUGGUGUGCAGAAACAAAAAACACCAACCGGCAUGGACCUUGCUUUAUCUCACGAAACAGACAAACAAUCAAGUGCCGAGGUUAUUGAUGUUGGACCUGGACCCCCUGCAGACUGGGUGAAGAUAAACGUCAGAGAAACUAAAGACUGUUUUGAGAUAUUUGCCCUUGUACCAGGGCUUCUUCGUGAAGAGGUUCGCGUUCAAUCAGAUCCGGCAGGGAGGCUAGUUAUAGCAGGCCAACCUGAGCAGCUUGACAAUCCUUGGGGGAUCACAGCCUUCAAAAAGAUUGUGAAUUUUCCUGCAAGAAUCGAUCCGUUGCACACAUCAGCGGUGGUGAGCCUGCAUGGUCGACUGUUUGUGCGAGUCCCCUUUGAGCAGUGA